CUCAGGUUCCGCGUGGGAUGGGCAAUCAGUCUACCCAGACUAAGACUUCGCCAACCACGACAGCGAAUAAGUCUACCCAGACGGAACCUGGCAAUGAUGGCAACGUGCAAGCUAGCGUGAUCGCAAUGCUGACAGGAUUGGACUCGAUCUUGGACAUGAAGCCUAGCAGAAGUCCUUCGCCCGAAGAGCACCAGCGCCUUAAUGAGCUGUUGUCCAACUGCUUUUUGCUGCGCGAAGUACUGGAGUCAAGGAAGCGAACGCUUCCCGAGGAGGAACUAACUGGGCUUCUAACUACGAUACUAGAGCAAAGUCCAGAUGGGAAACCGCUGGCUAAGCGGCAGAAGCCGGAGCGCCAGGAAGAAGAGUCCUCAGGGCAGAGCCUUUCAAACAUGCGGGACAUUAACGAAAAAUGA